UGCUCGUUUGAUACUCCCGAUUCACCAUGUUCCGCUCCGCCAUUGUCCGCUCCUUGAGGGCCUCCGUCCCCCGUGCCGCCGUUAAGACCCCGGCCUCCUUCCAGAUCCGCAGCUCCCCCAUUGCUGCUCAAUUCACUCCUAGCCUUGUCUCCCAGAGCAUCCGCUUCUACUCUGCACCCGCUGGUCUGUCCAAGGAUGAGAUCGAGGGCCGGAUAGUCAACCUGCUCAAGAACUUCGACAAGGUUUCCGACGCCAGCAAGAUCACCGGCGUUUCCCACUUCUCCAACGACCUCGGUCUCGACAGCCUGGACACCGUUGAGGUCGUGAUGGCCAUUGAGGAGGAGUUCAGCAUUGAGAUCCCCGACAAGGAGGCCGACCAGAUCCACAGUGUUGAGAAGGCCGUCGAGUACAUCCAGGCCCAGCCCGAUGCUCACUAA